AUUUAAGUUCAAUUUGGAGAUUCAUAAUGGCAUCUUAAUUCAAGAAAUUGGCACCUCUCCUCAACAGAGUCUUAAUCUAAAAGUAUGAACCUGUCACAAAGACAGCUUCAGGAAUCCUCUUAUAAACCUCAGAAGAAAAAUAAGCCGUAGGAAAAGUUGUCGAAACUGGUCCAGGAUAAACAGAUUCAAAAGGAAAUGUUAUACCAACUUUAGUCAAACCUGGAGAUGUUGUCUUACUUCCAGAUUAUGGAGGAUAGAAAAUCAAGUUGGCAGAUUAAGAGUAUUUCCUUUUCAGAGAUUCAGACAUUAUUGGAAUUUUACAUCAAUGAUUUCUAUUAUAAUGUAUAAUAAGACAUAUUCAUUAACAUUUCACUUAAA